UUCCUGACAGCAGGAAGAGAGCGCGCGUGUAUGUGAGCUGGACGCGGAGCCGUCGGCUGUUUCUGGUUCUGGUUCUGGUUCUGGUUCUGGUUCUGUGGGCUCCAUGGCGGUGAAGAGGAUGAACGUUUGCACCGUGUGCUGUCUGUUGCUGUCGGUGGUCGCCACCGUGCUCGCGGGGCGGGACUUCUAUAAGAUUCUGGGGGUGAGCCGCAGCGCCUCCAUCCGGGACAUCAAGAAGGCUUACCGUAAACUGGCUCUGCAGCUGCACCCCGACAGGAACCUGGACGACCCCAAAGCCCAGGACAAGUUCUCGGACCUCGGCGCGGCUUACGAGGUGCUUUCAGAUGAGGAGAAGAGGAAACAGUAUGACGCCUACGGAGAAGAGGGACUCAAGGAGGGUCACCACAGUUCUCACAAUGAUAUCUUCUCCAGUUUCUUUGGUGACUUUGGGUUCAUGUUUGGAGGCAACAGACAACAACAGGACCGGAACAUCCCCAGAGGAAAUGACAUCAUAUUGGACCUGGAGGUCACACUUGAAGAGGUGUACUCUGGGAACUUUGUUGAGGUUGUACGUAACAAGCCAGUAGCUAAAGAAGCUCCCGGGAAGAGGAAGUGCAACUGCAGGCAGGAGAUGAAGACGACCCAGCUGGGACCUGGUCGCUUCCAGAUGACUCAGGAGAUGGUGUGCGACGAGUGUCCCAACGUAAAACUUGUGAAUGAAGAAAGAACUUUAGAAGUAGAAAUUGAGCAGGGGGUGAGAGAUGAGAUGGAGUACCCGUUCAUCGGUGAAGGGGAGCCGCACAUCGAUGGUGAACCUGGCGAUCUCCGAUUCCGGAUCAAAGUGUUGAAACAUCCAGUGUUUGAGCGCCGAGGAGACGACUUGUACACGAAUGUCACCAUCUCCUUGGUGGAGGCGUUGGUCGGCUUUGAGAUGGACAUCGUACAUUUGGACGGGCAUAAGGUUCACAUCAUGCGAGACAAGAUCACCAAGCCCGGUGCCAGGAUGUGGAAGAAAGGAGAAGGUCUUCCCAACUUCGACAACAUCAACAUUCGAGGUUCCCUCAUCGUCACCUUUGACGUGGAGUUUCCUCAGACGCAGCUGGACGAGCAGCAGAAAGACGGCAUUCGGAAUCUUCUGAAGCAGAAACCGGUGCAGGUGGUUUACAAUGGACUACAAGGAUACUGAGGGACCCCGGGCGGUCUGGACUGAGCUCUGUGCUGCACGGACACCUUCAGGGAAGGAGCCUGUGUGUCUGUGACUGUUCUCAGGACGGCUUUUUAAUCUUCUAGGUUUUGUUUGAUGGGUGUAAGUGGACGGGACACCAUGUCCUUAUAGUUGUCGUGCACAUUACUUUGUCCUUUGUUAAUUUAAAAAAAAAUUAAAUUCUUUGA